CCUCGUCUUACAAUAUAGCGCUGGGAGAAAGGGAGCUGGACUUCUCAGUUCCCUGGCGUGUGGCUGCAGUCACCUGGUAGGGGCGCACUCCGUGAGGCUGCUUUUGUUACCUGGGAUACAAGGGGCGAGCAGUUGUGUCCUCCGUGCUUGCUGGAUUUGCUUGUAUUUGUUUUCAGCCACUGCUCAUGUAAUGCACUCCCUUAACCAGGAAAUUAAAGCAUUCUCCCGGAAUAAUCUCCGGAAGCAAUGCACCAGGGUGACAACGCUAACUGGAAAGAAAAUUAUAGAAACGUGGAAAGAUGCCAGAAUUCACGUUGUGGAAGAAGUAGAGCCGAGCGGUGGGGGUGGUUGUGGUUAUGUGCAGGAUCUUAGCUUGGACCUGCAAGUUGGCGUUGUUAAACCAUGGUUGCUCCUGGGGUCACAGGAUACUGCUCAUGAUCUGGAUACACUGAAGGAGUACAAGGUGACUCAUAUUCUAAAUGUUGCUUGUGGAGUUGAAAAUGCUUUCCUCGGUGACUUCACAUAUAAGAGCAUCUCCAUAUUGGAUCUCCCUGAAACCAAUAUCCUGUCUUAUUUUCCAGAAUGUUUUGAAUUUAUUGAAGAAGCUAAAAUGAAGGAUGGAGUUGUUCUUGUUCAUUGUAAUGCAGGAGUUUCCAGAGCUGCUGCAAUUGUAAUAGGUUUUUUGAUGAAUUCUGAAGAAAUUUCAUUUACCAAUGCUUUUUCUUUGGUGAAAAAUGCAAGGCCUUCCAUAUGUCCAAAUUCUGGCUUCAUGGAGCAACUUCGUACAUAUCAAGUGGGCAAAGACAACAAGUGUGACAAAAAACAGGAAUUAGAAAAGGACAAGAGUUCAUGAGUUGCAUUCUAGCUGAUGAUGGGCAACUAUAAUUUCUGAAUUGACUUUGAUAGCCAUUUUCCCUCUUUUUUUUUAGGACAUGGACUAAUAAAAACCUUCCUUUUAUCUUGCUUACAAAUGGAAAUUGAGGUCAAUUUGUUUUUUCUGAACUAGUAUAUGAAUUUUUAAAUUAUAUAACUUUUCCUUUGUUAUUACAGUGUUUGAUUAAAUGCUUCUUUGAAUUGCUAGGGAAACAACAGUGUAUUACCCAUCAUUGAUUUCUAUAGAAGAAAAAGGGUUAUAUUUAAAGUCUAUAUUAGAGCAAGGAAAGAAUAAUCAGUUAAUGAAGCCUUUUGAUACUUUUCUAUGCCACCAACUGUUUUCAUGAAGGAAAGAAUUUGAUAUGCUAUUUGAUUUACUGUUUCAAAAGGAGAUAACUUUCAUUGUAAAGAAUAUUUUUAAGUUUGAAAAUAAACACUUUCAACCUCCCUGAAGAGGUGCCAGUAUCUAAAGGUUAUUUAGUAUUUCUAUAGUGGUUAAAAUGUUUUCUAAAUUUUUAAAUCCUCUUAGGAAAACAUACCCACUUCUCAUUUUGUUGUUUUUUUUUUUUAGCUUAAUUUUAUUACCUGCAUUUUUUAUUUUUAAAAUAUGUAAACAGAUAUUUUUCCUUAUAUUAUUGUAAGUGUGUGGUUAGUCUUUUACAUUUUGUGCUUUUUAUCUUGGGUGCCUAGCAAGCUGUUGUUGGUUCCCAUGUCAUAAUUUUUUGGUCUCCUUGGAUAUGUCUUGUACUGAAGGGUAUUUUUCUUAGAUUUGUUUUCUUCUAUGAUCUGUUUUCUAAUUCAAAAUGUAUUUCUUCCAUGAUCUAUUUUCUAGUUUAGUCUCCUACUGGAGAACAUUUUUAGAAGUAUUUAUUUAUUUGAGAGGCAGAGAGAGAGAGACAAAGAGCUCUCAUCCUCUGGCUCACUCUCCAAAAGCCCAUAAUGGUCAGGGCUGGGCCAAAGCUGGCAGCUUGUAACUGAAUCAGAUCUCCCACAUGAAUGUCAAGAAUCAAAUCUAUUGAGCCGUCAUUGCUGCCUCCUGGUUUCUGCAUUAGGAAACUGGAGUCAGGAACAAGAGUUAGAUUUCAAACCAAAGUACUCCCAUAUGAGAUGCAGGAACCCCAACUGGCAUGUUAACCACUAGGCUAACCAUCCAUCCCAUGAGCACCAUUUUAAAAAAUGUUUUAUUUCACUUUUAUUUGACAGACCAGUAGAUGGAGAAACAGAAAAGGAUAGAGGACAGGUAGGGCAGGAGAGGGAGAAGGAAAUCCUUUGUGCUGGUUCACUCCCUAAAUGCCCACAAUGGCUGGAAUUGGGCCAAGUUGAACUUGAAGCCAGGAACUCAAUUCAGGUCUCCCAUGUGGGUGGCAGGGAUGCAAUGACUUGGACCAUCUCCUGCUGCUUUCUAGGGUCUGCCUUGGAAGGAAACUUGAGUCAGAUUAAAUUUAUAAUUUAAUCUUUGGUUAAAGGUUUUGAAUAGUUUCUUUUUGCUGUCUCCAUAUUGUUAAGACUGAACUCUGUACAUUGUAAAUUUGCCUUCAGAUUUUGAAAUUUUUGGUUCAAAUAAAGUGUAUUGUAAUUAAAAAACAA